AUGGCAUGGCGCUGGGCCGUUGCCCUGGCACUUCUCAGUCGGGUCGCGCUGGGGAUCCAGGUGAUCGUUGCAGGGCUGGGGCGCACGGGGACCAUGAGCAUGUUGACGGCUCUCCAAACACUGGGUUACAAGCCCUACCACCUGAAGAACGUCAUGCUGAACGCCUCCCACGCCUCAGCCUGGCGUCAAGUGGCGGAGGGUCAGCUGGACCAGGUGGAGAUCAUUCGGAUGAUCCACCAGGAGGGCUUCGAUGCGACCAUGGACAACCCCAUGUGCGAGCUCUUUGAGUUGCAGAUGCAGCUCUUCCCCGAAGCGAAAGUGAUCCUAACGAGCCACCCCCGUGGAGCAGCUGGCUGGGCCAAGAGUUUCCUUCAGCUCAUGAAGGUGGUGCAACUGCAAACGGCGAAUUUUUCGAUGACCUAUCCAAACAUCCUGCAGUUCGUGCCGGUGCUGCGAGAUUUGACCGCCAUGCGCUGCUUGAUGGGCCGGGCAACAAUGGGACUGCGGCCCUGUGAAUUGAUUUAUGAAAGCAUCGACAAACAACGUGUAUCACCAGGCUGGCUGGAGGAACAGUACGAAAAACACAAUGCUUAUGUGCGGGCCAAAGUGCCUAAGGAAAAGCUUCUGGAGUUCAGCGUGCAGGACGGCUGGGUGCCCCUUUGCGACUUCCUAGGUGUUGUGGAGUUUGUGAAGGAGGCAAAGGUCACCCAGCCAGCGCACCUUGGAUGCGAAAGGGUAAGUGCCCUGAGGCAACGAGAAGGUUUUUUGCCUGCUGCUGCCAACGUCUAUGGGGAGGUGUUCAGUGCCAAGGCGUACUUCGACCCCCCGCGACGCCCGCCCCUCUUGCAGCGGGCCCUCUUCCCCAGCGACGCCGCCGAUGGAGCAGCCUCGGAUAGCGAUGAUGAGCGGAUGUCAACCAUGGCUCAGGACUUUCUGAAGGCGGUGGAGCGACAAGACCUCCACUGUUUCGAGGGCCUGAGUCGUAGCGGGCGGGACCACCUGCAGAGGAUCAUCUCAGUGACAGAUGGGGAUGGAAACACGGCCCUUCACCGCUGUGUGACGGCGCUAUGCGGUGGACGCGGGGCGUCCCAGGGCCGGGGAGCCCGACCUUGCCAUGGUGAGACGGUGAGUCGACAUCAUGGUGUCCUGGCGAAGGUGCAAGUCUUGACAGAGGUUUGGGUCGAGUUGAAGACUGCCUGGACUUUACCGGAAGGUCAAGAGGCCAAAUGGAUUGGAGAGAAAACUGCAGAUGGCCGUACCUACUACUGGAGUCGCAAGAGUAAAGAGACGGUGUGGGUCUUGCCCGCCUUGGAGCCUGAGAAAAAGGAGCCAGAAGCAAGCCCUGCACCCAAGGGAGCCUUGGCAUCCCUGCUGAGGGGCGAGAAGCCCAAGGAGUCUUCGGAGCGAGAGGAAGAAGAGAAGGAAACUUCUCCAGAAGAGCUCAAAAAGUGGCUGGGCAGUGCAGCCAUUUGGGGGCCCAUUUUCUGGAGGCAGCAGCAAGCGCUCCAAGAGGCCUUGCUCAACUCUCUGCCCGGUGAUGAACAGCCGAAGUCGGGGGGCAAAGACGGGUUUACGGAAACCGGAAGGCACGAACGCCAAACCUCCCCGGAGCCGAGCCUUAACUCCGAUGCGGCGGCAGCAAAGGAACCAGAGAAGGAUGGCCAGGCAGAAAGGGCCGCCGCGGCCACUACGGCCGCAACGGCCGCCGCGGCGACGGCCAACGCCAACUUCGGUGCAGGCGCGGGUGCAACAGGGUGA